CUGGGUGGCAGGGAGGCAGGGAGGGCAGCCCAGCCGAGCCUCGGGCGGCUGCACGGUCCUCCUCGGAGGCAGAGCCACGAUGGUCGGAGCGGCGCCGGAGGCAGCAGCAGCAGCGGUGCCCUGGCCUUCCUGGGCAUCCCUCCGGGGACCCCUCGGCAGCCACCCGCACGCUGAUGCUUCAUCCAUCAUCUGUUGCUGUUGCUCAGUGGUUUGCAACUCCUUGCAGUACAAGGGAGGGACAUAAUUCUAGCUUGUCUCAAGAGGACCCUUUCAAGGCAUUCCAGCUCUGACCUCCAGAAAUCAAGAUAUUUACUAGUGACUGAGCCAAGCUGUUUGUCAGCGGAAGACGCUGCUUUGGAGAGUGGUGGGGUCUCCUUCUUUGGAGGUUUCUAACCGGAGGCUGAAUGGGCAUCUAUCACAGGGAAGGCUUGGAGUGUGUCUUCCUGCAUGGCAGAAGGGGGUUGCAAUGGGUGGCCCUUGAUUCCAAGAAGGAGCUGUAGAACCAACUUUGUCCAAAUGUCCAGCUUUCCUCAUGCGCCAGCUUCUGCCCUGCAAGGUGCCUACUGCUGAACGUGGCCCAAACACUCCAGGUCCGAAAAGGCAGGACCCUCCAUUGAAAGACAGCUUCUGUGCCAACUAAGCCGAUUGUCCAGUGUGGUGCCAAGGUGGAAGCCAACAUCUAGAAUCAGCCAAUGGAGACCUUGCUGCAUGCCAGCUCCGGGGACUUCCUUGCGAUGGUGGCCUCCGUGGUCCUGUGGACGUACCGCUCCUGGCCCCACAGACUCCCCUUCUGAGCUGGGAUUUGCUGCCCCCUUCCCCUUGGUUUCCAUCCCUUCUCUGGUGCAGCCUGCCGCCUCCUUCCCUCUGAGGAUGUGCAACACAACCCUGGUGAGCUGGAGCUGCCAAGUGGACUCAAAGAUCGACCACCUCUUCCCUCCAGCGCUGUACAUCAUUGUCAUCACCAUGGGCCUCCCCACCAACUGCAUGGCACUCUGGGCCGCCUACCUCCAGGUCAGGCAGAAGAACGAGUUGGGUGUCUACCUGAUGAACCUCUCCAUAGCGGACUUGCUCUACAUUGCCACCUUGCCCCUCUGGAUUGACUACUUCCUCCACUACGACAACUGGAUCCACGGGCAGGAGUCUUGCAAGGUCUUUGGCUUCAUCUUCUACACCAACAUCUACAUCAGUAUAGCCUUCCUCUGCUGCAUCUCUGUGGACCGCUACUUGGCCGUGGCACACCCACUGCGCUUUGCCCGCUUCCGGCGGGUCAAGACGGCCGUGGCGGUCAGCCUCGUGGUGUGGGCCAUCGAGAUCGGGGCAAAUUCGGCCCCGCUCUUCCAUGAUGAGCUUUUCCACGACCGCUACAACCACACCUUCUGCUUCGAGAAGUACCCCAUGGAGGAGUGGGUGGCCUGGAUGAACCUCUACCGGGUCUUCCUCGGCUUCCUUUUCCCAUGGGUGCUGAUGCUCUUCUCCUACCAAGGAAUCCUGCGGGCCGUGAGGGGGAACAUCUCCACCGAGAAGCAGGAGAAGGCCAAGAUCAAGCGCCUCUCGCUCAGCCUGAUCGCCAUCCUCCUCUUCUGCUUCGCACCCUACCAUGUCAUCCUCCUUUCCCGGAGCGCCGUCUACCUGAGCAAACCCUGCGACUGUGGCUUUGAGGAGAAGAUCUUCGUGGCCUACCAUACCUCCUUGGCCUUCACCAGCCUCAACUGCGUGGCCGACCCCAUCCUCUAUUGUUUUGCCAACGAAGGCGCCCGGAGCGACGUGGCCAAGGCCCUGUCCACCACCGUCCGCUUCCUCACCAGCUCCAAACCCCAGGAGAUGGCCAACGCCUCCCUCACCCUCGACACCCCACUCUCCUCCAAGAAGAACAGCUUCUGCCGGCAACCCUUGGCUCUUCCGUUGCCUUCCUGCUCACAAGACGGACUGGGAACGGCGAGAGACGUGGAGCUCCAGAUGAAGAUCUUGACUUUUAACCCCUGAACCCUAUUAGGCACUUGGUGCUACUUGAUGCAACUUCUUGACAAUGCAACAUCCCACUGCCAAACCUGUCGGGACGGCCGGCCAAUAAACAUGGAGCUGGAAAAAAUAAUAAUAUAACGUUGAUAUUAAUAUUAUAUCAACUUGGGGAAUAAUAUUCCUGAGCAUUGGUAUGUUUCUGCCAUUGGUUGCACCUCUGAAGAGGGUUCCUAAUAGAAGUAUAGGUUGGAUCUCCCUUGUCUGAUAUGGUUGGGAUUUUGAAAUGUUUUGGGUUUUGGAGUUUUCCAGAUUCGGGAAUAUUUGCAUAUACAUAAUGAGACAGUUUGGAGAUGGGACCCAAGUCUAAACACAAAAUCCAUGUCUGUUUCGUAUAAACAUUGCUAUUUCUCUAGAUGAAUUAACUGCAGGAACAAAGGGGAGGCAAUAUGGUGGUUUGGGUGUUGGACUAUGACUCUGGAGACCAGGAUUCGAAUCCCUGCUCUAUUAGGGGAACCCACUGGAUGACCAUGGGCAAGUCACACUCAGCCUCAGGGAAUGGCAAUGGCAAGCCUCCUUUGAACAAAUCUUGUCAAGAAAACCCCAUAGUAGGUUCACCUUAGGGUCACCAUAAGUUGGAAAUGACUUGAAGGCACACAACAACUACUACGCGUAGGAAGGAUCGGGUGUCCAACCACAUUGACCUCCCAAGAAUAAACCCCUCUGAGCUCAUGGCAAAGAGGAAGUACUUCAUCCUUAAGUAAGCGCUUUCCAAGAAUCGCCCUGCGUAACCCCUGAGGAAGCUGCGUUUCAGCACAUGGGAAAGCGAUGGGUGUUGCAACCCUCUUGCCACUUUCCACCCCAGAAACAUUCAUGAGGCCCAGAAGGCUUGCAAAAGUUUCUUUGCUUCCCAGAUUGAUCUUGGAGACCCCUUUGGCAAGGGGCCUGGGAGCAACGCUAGCCCUCUGGGAUGACUGCUCACUCCAGGAAUGCGUGAUGAAUAAUCCCAACGCUUAGCAAGAGCCACUGAGUCAAGGGCCUUCCUGGGAAUCGGCAGGAAAAGGCCAAAGUUGGGAGAAAUGUCCCUGGAGGGGUUUGCGGAGGGGAGGAGAUGACCCAUGGAUCCCAGCAGCCUGAGGCCAUUUUGGCCGUCUGAGACAGGUGACCAGAUGUCAUCACUGCAAAGGAGGACGAGGCACAGCAAAAUGUAGGACAAGGCAUUGCAAAACGUAGGAUACUGUUUUGUUUAUUUUUACAAAAUAAAAGCUAAAACCACACACAUAAAUACACAACCAUUUACUAUGGUUUAUGUGCAGCUGCAUUACAUGCGCUGCAUUUUACAUAUGGGUUGCAUACGUAUACAUAUGUAUUACGUAUGUAUACAUAAUACAUACACUGUAUUACAUAUAUUGCAUUUUAAUUAUGCACUCCGCUGUAAUUUUCUGAUGAACCUAUUUUUGUCAAAAGGCCUUGUUGUCUUGCAAGAAAAGUACAGAACUCUGAGCAAGAAAAAGGCUUAAAACGGUAUUUUAAGACAAACAAAACCUUGACCAAAUCUGCUUUUAAAUUAUUCCUUUCAUUUGUCUAUUGUGCUUAAAUGAAUUUUUUACAUAACCUUUUGAAUAUUUAAUUUAACAUAAUACACAUUAAUACAUAUCAACAUUAAAUUAUAAAAUAUAGCAGGUCACAAAUAAAAAUAAAUAAAUAAACCUACCAUAACAAUCCAGUUUUCUCCUCCAAGAAAAGAAAGCACCCUGAGUUCUGGGUUCAAGUCUUGCCUGCUGCUGGGGGAAAAGGGACUUUAGAAGGAUCCAUCCUAUUCCUCCUACAGUAUUUUGCAGCCAGGACAGGUUGCCAAGUAGACAGAUUUCCGUGUUACUCAUUGGGCUCCUUAGUCAUGCACAAAAUGGAGGACACUUUGGAAUUCUCCUCCUGGAGAGAAGAUGGAAAGGUAGGACAUGUCCUGGAAAAGGAGGGCACCUGGUGACCUGGUGUCUGAUAGACCCCCAGAUAUGGCCAUCCACUUUGGGUCUAAGAGUGUGUAUCUCUGCCAAGAGGAGGAGAGCAUCUUCCAAGAGCUUUGCAGCUCUUCUGCUCCAGAGAUGCUUCUGGGUUGACUUUAGAGCCAGAUUGUUCUGCAGCUGUUUAUUUAGGUUCAUUCCUCUCAGCCAAAUCCUCUUGAUUCCCUCCCUUCCCGCUCAAGCGGCUGCUUUAUAUC